GUCCCGCCCUCCAGAGCCCCGGCGUCACUAUGGCAACCACAGUGUUUGAUGGCGGGGUCCUCUCCAACACGAGUGUGUAAACAAAAUGCUUCAGACACGAAAGAACCAGCCGUGACAAGGAGCUGACAUGGAGGUGGCCCUCCCGGCCCGGCGGGGCCUGCCGGAGCCCCUCAGGAGGAGGCGGUCUCUGCCUCUGGGCCAGCUGGUGGAGGAGAGCAGGCCCAGAGCCAGCAUCCCUAAUCACCUGCUGGAAUCAAAAAUCUAUGCAAAACUGAAAAGCAACAGUCUGAUCCAUGCUGAGCCCUCAGAGCUCCACUUCAGUGGGUUUGAGUUGGGGAAGGAUUACAUCAAGGUCCUGAAACUAAUCAACAUCUCAUCUGAAGUAAUGAAUAUUCACAUCAUUCCCACCCAAACCAAGUACUUCCAAACAUCCUAUACAAAAAAGUAUCGACUCGUCCCGGGCCUGUCCUACACAGUGAAGGUCCAGUUCUGUCCCGACGAAUGGCGUUACUUCUAUGACUGCAUCAGGGUGCACUGUCAGGGAGAAGAGAACCUGUUAGUUCCGGUUCAUGCUUACCCUGUCAUUGAUGACCUGCACAUCCCUACUCAUAUCGACCUACCAGCCACACCGCUGGGACAGAGCGUCAGCCAUGCCAUUCCCUUGAGCUGCAGCUGCCCCAUUGACUUUGAGUUUGAGGUGAAUGUUAUCCAGGCCCAUAAGGCUUUCUCCGUCCAGCCCCUCGCAGGCGUGAUACCAGCCAGCAGUAAAAUGGAGAUCAUGGUGGCCUUCAGACCUGUCCAGUACGAGACCUGUCAGAUCACCAUCCAGCUGGUCGUCUCUCAGUUCAACACCAAGCCUUACCUGUGUACCAUCACCGGGAGCUCCGCCCCUCACCUGUUCAUCAGUCAGCUGGAAAGCGAGCGUGGUUGCGGGGAGGCGGUGAUUGCAGAAUACAGAGGGCCUUCACCCGCCUUUCAAGUGCCUCCCCUGAAUAAAACCAAGCACAGGUCAACCAAGAAGGCUGACAAAUCUAAGACGGUGAGAGAUUUGAGUGCUGGAGCUAAGUCUGGUCCGAAGCCUCCUGUGGACGUCUCCAGCCAUGCAGGAGUGUCCAAGAUGCUCAUCAGAGACACUGAUAAACUCAGUUAUAAAGACCUGAGGGAAGCCAUGUCCAGUGGCAGUAUGGUGGGCCUGCAGAACAGACAGGUGAAGGAGGUCCUCUUUGUGAAAAAGGUCCAACAGGACAUCAAGGAGGAGAGAGCCAACCACCUCAGAUGGCAAGUUCACCUGGGUAAGGACCCCAUGUCAGACCAAGCCAAGAGGCAGAUACUGGAGGAGAGAGAGAUGGCUCUGCAUGAACAUAUGGUUAAGAGGGGAGAUCUAAAUCAAGUGGACUUUGCCACGAAGGAGCCUCAGCUUUCCAGCAGACGGGUGGUUUGUGAAGUUGGGCAGACCCCAGAGGGAACCCCGUCCUUUCAGCCUUACCCCAGUUUUCAGCUGGAGCUGAGACGCAGAGCCCUCAAACGGUGCCAGCAGGCAGCACGCAAGGUUGUUAUUCGUUGUCGCAUGAACCGGAGACUGGCCUGCUUGAAGAAGCUGGUGGACAGUAUGAAGAACCCGCCCGCAGCACAGAAAGUUGAAGACGAAGGGACGGUGUGUGGUCUGAAGAUUUCUCCAGACAAAGUGUUUGCAUUUUCGUUUCCUGUUUUCUCUGAUGAAGCCGACCAACUGGUUCCCAGUAAUUUGGUCACAGUGCCUGUGGAUCCAAUUGAUGUACCUGUAAAAAAACACAUUCCUUUCUUCAAGCUCCAAGUCCCCCAGCACUAUAAGCUGAUGGGUUACCAGCCUGUGUGCGCCUGGGAGGCAAUACACAAAUAUAUCCCCACUACCUUGGCCAGACCGCUUCGCACUGGAGCAUCGGACGAGUUGUUACCCAAGGUAAUCCGAGCCUCGUCUCCUGAAUCAGAGGAGCCUAAAUCUGUGGAGGAAAAGCAGUAUGAAGAGGAGGAGGAGGACGAGGGGGAGGAGGAGGAGAAAGAAGCGAAGGAGGCUGUCGGCCUGACCUUCACUGCCCCCGAGGCUCUGCUCAGACCUGUCCCAGCAAACCCACUCAGGAUCUUUAACCCAGCUCCAGGCCUCCAGACCUACAAACCCACCCCGAAAUACCUGGAGAGCGAUUUAGAGUUCCACCUCUGUCCUCUGCCCAGGUACACCAUCCCUAAAAGCAACAUGUAUGGCAUCAAGACACCGAACACUCAGAAGAAGUUUCUGGAUCGUAAGGAAGUGAUUAAGGGUGUCAUGACCUGGAAGAAUUUUGAUUCGGUCACUUUGAACUGUCUAACCAACCUACCUACUCUCACCAGUGACUGGGCCCCACGCAGGUCUAUCGACUACAGCACAGAUAUAAUUCCUCUCACAGCUCCGCCUCCUCUUGUUGGCCUUCCUGAUGAUCUGGCAGGACAAGUGGACAAAGCGUCUGGCGACUCAGGAGUCCAGCUGACACCAGAAAUGAUCAGAGCAGAGUUCCUGUCUGCGGAGGGCCUUCUCUCCAACCAAAGCCUCAACAGAGGUGUGACAACCAGACAGCAGAGGGAGAGUCAGAUGGAGGAGACCUACAGGUCUGAGAUUAACCAGAUGGGGAAAAAAGUGAUAGCCAAGCUGAAGCAACUGAAGGCCAUGGACACAACUUCCCCCUCACCUGGAGACAACUAGAUUUGCUGGUUGGAUGGAACUAGACUCCACAGGCUCUGAGCGCUGGCCCAGCCGCCGGCUCCUGCUGGAUGUGGAGGAGGCUCAGCCCAAAGGUUUGCUUGGCAAGCCGCUUCUCGGAAAACAUGUGUUUGGUGAUUCCAGUUCCUGCAAACACUCGAAUCAUACCACACCACACCACACCACACACACACACGGCAUAGACAUUCAUACACAACUGAGUAUGCUCACACUCAAAUGUAUGGGUUACGGUAGUGUGUGGAUUUUUUGCAAGUUUUCAUUUCAGUAUCUGCUCAUUUCAUCUAGGAUCAGGGUUGUAGCUUUUGUUUAAUUUAUUUAUUCAAUUAAAUUUUUACAAACACAGUUUAGUUUCUACUUAUUUUCAGUUCUAGUUUGAGUAUUUUUGGUAUGGAUCGUAUUUUAAAAGUAUAAUGACACAAAUUCGGAGCAGGUAUUUUGCAACAGGUGUUGCGUAAUACAAACAAACAUUCUUUUGAAAACAUAUUUUCAUGAAUUUUUCAGUGCAUCCUCGACUAAGUCAAAGUUGUAAGCACUUCAGAAUUCUCCUCCCAAGGUCUUUUUUUUUUCAUCCUGCACAUAAAAAAAAGACAACCAAAAAAAUUCAUACACAUUUUUGUUUCAUUUAGUUUUACAAGCAGACAAGAUGGCUUUACUUUUUCCACAUUCUUAUAGUUUUAUAUUUAUUUUAGUUCACAGUAAAGUUUUUUGAACACAUAUUUUAUGUAUUAGUUGAUGGUAACCUUAACACACUACAGUAUACA